AGGCUUUAUCACGCGCGCGCACGCUUGUGUCUCCUGAUCCCGGAGCUGUUCUCACUACUCCUACACCAUUGAACCGGAGCAGAAGGCUUCAAUGUCUCCCUGGCCGGCCGAACUUCCAUUCCUCGGGCCUCCUGCGCUGCUGAGAGAAUGAAAGGAUGGCUGAGCAGCGAUGCGGGGAGCAAACAGAUCUGACGGAUGCUGCGGCGCUCAGGCUCGAGCAUCACGGCACAAUGAGCGUCGCGGAGGACGCAGCCGCGGAGGAGCUGACUCUGGAACAUAUACUCAGUCUUUAUAACCAGCCCAUCAACGAGGAGCAGGCGUGGGCUGUCUGCUACCAGUGCUGCCGGAGCCUGGCCCACCGACACCCGGGCAGGAGGAGCUCCUCCGCCGCGGUCCAGGCGUCGUCCGUGGAGGCUUCGAGCAGAGUGACGGGACCUGGGGAUGUGUGGAUACAGAAGGACGGCUCUGUCCGGGUACAGCCGCAGGAAGGUAAACGCAGCCCUUGCACAAGAACAGAGAUGAUCGAGUCCCUGGGCAUCAUGAUCUACAAGGCUCUGGACUAUGGCCUGAAGGAGAAUGAGGAGCGGGAACUCAGUCCUCCUUUAGAGCAGCUCAUUGACAUGAUGACCAACAUAGCGGAGGUGGAGAUGGAGGCGUGUCCUGAUGAAGGCUACGAGGCAACUGAGGAGGAGGAGGAGGAGGGAGAGGAUGAGACCAAUGACUUGGGCUGUGUGCGGGGUUAUGGGAGUAUCCUUAAGUUGUGUACAAGUCAUCUUCCCAGUCUCUCUGAUGCCCCGAGUCACUACCAGGCAGUAUGCCGAGCUUUAUACACCGAAUCCCGAGAGCUACGGACUUUUCUAGAGAAAAUCAAGAGUGCCAAAGAGAACCUCCGUAAAAUGGAGGAAGACUCGACAGAAGAUCCUGGCAGGGAUCUGAAUGAACUGCAGAAUGCUGACUGGGCUCGCUGUUGGGUGCAGGUGAUGAGGAAUCUGCGGGAAGGUGUCAAGCUCAAGAAAGUACAGGAGCGUCAGUACAAUCCUCUGCCUAUUGAAUACCAGCUCACCCCCUACGAAAUGCUCAUGGAUGACAUCAGAUCAAAACGCUACAAACUCCGUAAAGUUAUGGUGAAUGGUGACAUCCCACCCAGGUUAAAGAAGAGUGCACAUGAGGUCAUCCUAGAGUUCAUCAGGUCCAGACCACCUCUCAACCCGGUGUCUGCGCGUAAGCUGAAGCCCCAGGCUCAGCCGCCUCCCACGCUGCAUGAGCGUAUUCUGGAAGGAAUCAAAUCAGAGCGGAAACUUCGUCCUGUGACUCCGGAUAUGGUUCGCAGGGGGAGAUUAGUAAUUCGGCCACUUAGCAUGUCUUUGAGUUUUGAUGCGUCAGGUUUUGGCUACACUCGCAGUAUGCCUCAGGACUUGUUCCGUACAGGAUUAGAUGACUUCAGUCCGUAUAUGGGCAGGAGGGCUUCUAGCACCUUGUCCUUGCUUAAUGGGUCAGAAUCUCCCAGAGCUGAACCAUCGGGAUCCCAGUCGGCACCGCAGAGGAAGAAGCUUCUCAAGGCUCCCACCCUGGCAGAGCUGGAGAGUUCCGACUCAGAUGAUGAUUUUUUUGUGCAUACAUCAGCCAGCACCUCCAGUGUGUCCACCACUUUAUUAGACGACACUUCGCCGGAGUCUGUACAGGACAAGAAGACCCCGCCGAUGUUCUUGCCCAUCUCCUCCACGCCGCAGCCCGAGAGGCGCCAGACCCCACCGAGGAGACACUCCAUUGAGAGGGAAACUCCAACAAGCAUCAAACUGUUUCAGCCUGUGUCCAAAAAGAGCUCCAAGUCUCUGGAGGAGUUCUGUUUCCCGGUGGAGUGUUUGUCUCUGACCGUGGAGGAGGUGAUGCACAUCCGACAGGUCCUGGUCAAAGCGGAGCUGGAGAAGUUCCAGCAGUACAAAGAAGUCUACACCGCCAUGAAGAAGGGGAAGCUUUGCUUCUGCUGUCGAACCAAGAAGUUUUCCCUCUUCACCUGGUCCUACAUCUGCCAGUUCUGCAAAAAGCCUGUAUGCUCGCAGUGCUGCAAAAAGAUGCGGCUGCCGUCAAAGCCAUACUCCAGUUUGCCCAUUUACUCCAUCGGCUCGACCAACACUCUGCCAAGAGACAGGAUAAGUGCCAUGACCUCUGUGGGACAAGGACUGUCUGUAGCUGAGGGUCCCGGGCCUUCAGGGCUACGAGCAGGAGCCACACCCACCAUGCGUGGAGGAACACAAGGAGGGUUCAGACGAGGCGGGAAAUCCCUUGCAGCAGGAGCAUCAACUAAAUCUGAGAAAUCGUCCAGCAGCCCUCGACGGCCCAGUAUCCACAAGACCAUGUCCAAGUUUUCAAAACACGGCUCUCUUAAGUCGCACGAUGAGCUGGAGCUUCCCUCGGAGCUGACCGAAGACUGGGCCAGCAUGGAGGUUUGUGUGGACUGCAAGACCUUCAUCUCUGACAUCAUCGCCUCCAGCAAGCGGAGCCUGUCACUGGCCACCAAGCGAGCGCGCUUAAAACGCAAGACCCAGUCCUUUUACUUGUCCUCUCCAAAAGGACGGGAGGAUUACCGGCCCUCUGAAAGAACAAUCAAUGAGAUCUGAGCCGGAGUCGACCGGCUCGAUGUGAUCAACCCGUGACACGUGUUCUUCAGUUCCAACUGUCUGAGAGAUGCAGACCUCUGUGGUGUUUCUCUUGCUGUACAGCAGCACACUGUAGAGCUUGUUUUUACCUCAUCAUGGAUUUCUUUUUUAAAGUGAACCCAUCAGGUGGACGAUGGACAAGCCUUUCCUCUUCAGACUGCACAACUGCAUCGUCCACCUCAGCUGAAAUCUCAAUAAGCACAAGAAGGAAUUGAGGUGUGUUUGACUAUCUCAGGAUCUUGCAGCAGACACACGGGUGUUUUCAGAAGGCUGGAGCCACAAGAAGUCUUGCAUCGCAUCACCUUUUCUACAUUUUUGUCAUCCGUGUCUGUGCAGUGGACGAGAAGUCCAUAGAUGUUGCGUUUGAGAUUUUCCCCUACAUUCGUCUUCAUUAUCUGAAGUGUCACAUUCAGAUCUAUAAGUCUGUCAAUGAUUAAGAAGCAUCAAUUUCUGCAGUGAACCUGUCUGCCUUUCAGAGCCCUGGAUACAUGUCAGAUAUCAGUUUGAAGCGCCCUGUUUUAUCACAUACCAUCAUCUCGACUUUUUUAAACACAUUGCCAAACGUGAAUGCUCAGAUUUCAAGCAAGUUCAGUGCCAAAACAGACCUUUUAAUGACCAUAAGAUGACUAGUUUCCUGCUACAAAAGCGGCCAUAGAUGCUUUGUUAUAUUAUGAUUAGCGUUCCUCUAUCAUGUGGGAGACUUCUUAGCAUUCUGUGGUUGGAGUUGUGAUUUCGCCCCUCCGGGUCUGAUGCUUGAGCAUUGAUAACUAUAAUAGGGUGCUGUUCUUGACUGCUUAAACACUGUGUAAAACGUUAACAAAGAAAGACUAGUUGACACCCAACGUCACCAUCUUGAAUGACUCCAUCAAAAUGUGGCGGCAUGUGACGUCACCAAUGUUCUGUGCCUGAUUUACCAAAGCAGUAACGAGCACAACACAAGCGUUGUGAAUCAAUCGAAACUCUCUUCAAAUGUUUGGCGUACACAGUCAACUCUGAGUGAAAACCGUCGCACAACAUGUAACAACACAACACAUCAACAUAGUCUUAUUUUAAUCAUGUGCUCAUUGCUGUUGAGAAAGGUCGCCUCUAUCCGGUUUGUUUACUUCAUCAAAGGUUUUUCACUGAUACAGAUGUAAAACAAAUCAAAGACCAGCAGGUGUCACUACAAACCAACAACUUGUGACCCCGAUGCGUCUCGCCGGCAGGAUAAAAACGUCUGACCUCUUUUCUUUCUUUCAAACUUGUUUCUGCCUUAAAACCGCCUUGUAUGAUCGAACCCAUCUGUUGCUGUACAUACUUUGUUUCUGGUGGUUUGUGUGUAGCUCUGGUGUGCUGCCCUGAUGGUGGGUGUGCGCUCGCGCACACGGUGCAUAUGGUGAUAGUGGUCGUGGUGAAGGGGACGAGGAUAGACAGUGAAACAGCAUCGUGCAUGUACACCGGUGUAGCUUGUACCUUCUGUCUGUAUUAUCUGUAGCCCCAUGCUGGCAGAGAAACAAAUCACCACAAUAAAG